AAAAGAUGUCAACGUUCCUGUUUCACGUCCGUCUGAUGUCAUGUGUCUGACCUUUUCUGUCUCAGUUUUCUGAUAACGGCCUCGUUCAGUUCCAAUCCCUGGCUGAGAAUGAGCGGUACCUGCUGCCGGCGCCCUCAGCCGAUGGUUUCCCAGACAACAUGAACGCAUCUCUGUUGGCCGUGUUUUGGGACGAUGCUGACCUCACCCGCGGGGACGGACAGCUGCUCUACCAGGAGUACCACGGGAGGAUUAUGUCCGACGUCUACUCUCAGAUAGUUUUUAAUCGUACAGCCGAUGAGGUGACAAAGUUUGAGAAGCAGAGAAACAAGCCGGCGUUCAGCCCUGCCUGGAUUCUCAAGAUCACCUGGGACCGCGUGAUGCCUGUCUCCUACCAGAAGGUCAACUUCUCAGAGACGAACACGUUUCAGUGCAUCCUGACCACGGAUGGAGCGCGCUCCUUCGCCCUCCCCCAUUAUGGAGAGAUGUUCUGGGGUCCCGGUCAGAGGAAACACCACGACUCUCUCAUCGGAUACACAGAUGGAAAAUCCUCCUUCAGGGAACCCACCGUCCCACCGGGGAACCUCUUCGGGCCCGGGGGCAGAUACAGGCCCCAGCAGGUGAAAGGCAUCAUGGGCAAGUUGGGUCAGCAGGUGUAUGAUCUGACAGGACGGGCGGGGUUGGACGGAGAUCCUCGCAUCAGGUGCCAGGCGUGGGCCCUGAAGGAGCUGGACCCCUCAGAGUGGACCAAGAAUCUGUUCUCGUGUCCCUGCACGCGCUCACAGGCUCUGGAGGACCUGUCCUUCCUGCAGGACACGGCUGACCCGGGGACACGAGUGAAGACUCUGAGGGGUCAGCGGUGGGGGGGCACGGGGGGACACGUGUUCAGGUCCAUCCUGUCAAACAGACUCGGCUCAGGGAAGAGGUGCGUGUACGAACCGGACGGGCCGCUGCUGGCCGGCUUCAGUGAGCGCUACUUCUCUGGACACAGCAUCCAGAAACACAUCGACGAAGACCUCCUGCCGUUCCAGUGGUGCUGUAUGGACUCUCCCCUGUGCCACCUUUACCUGAACAAGAGACCUCUGGACCGUUGCCAAGGUUACGGCUGGUCCAAUUCGGACAGCUUCACUCCCGCCAUGAAGGCGACGCAGGGCUCAGCGAUGGUGUUCGGCAGCCUCCACUUCAUCACCUUCGAUGGUACAGCGUUCUCCUUUAAAGCUCUGGGAGAGUUUGUGAUCCUGCGUCUGUCCUCCACCACGGGCUCUAACAUCUUCACCCUGCAGGGACAGAUGGACAGGCUGCACACGCAGACCAGGAGUGUGGUGGAGGUCCCAGUGGUGGUACGCAUGGCUGCCUUCCACCAGGGCAUCGGCAAGAUUGAGUGGAGAUGUGCAGAUGCAGGAGACGGACUGCAGCUGUUUGUGGAUGAUACAGAGGUCCCAGUCACAGUUGGUGUGGUGUACAUGGGGGAGGAGGACUUAGCCGUGCGCUGCAUGUCAGUGUCUCGCUGUGCGGCCGUGUACGCCGGUGGUCUCCAUGUGCUGGUGUGGAAGGUGGUGGGCAGCAACCAGCUGGCGGCCAUGGUGGAGGUUCCUCAGACGUUCUACAACCGCACCGUGGGUCUGAUGGGUCUAUGGAGCUCAAACCGCUCCGAUGACUUCCUCAAGUCGGACGGCAGGCUCCUCCUAUCGGCCGACCUCAACCCCCCCUCUGAGGAGAGACUGCAUGACUUCGGCCUGUCCUGGGCGGUUCCACUCCCAGAGAGCCUGUUGUUCUCCUCUCCCCCCCUCUCUCCCCUGGUGUCUCCCUCCUUAGAGCAGCUGAUGGGCAGCGUCAGUCCUGCGGAGGUGGAGGAUCUGAGGAGAAUCUGUAGAGGCAGUCUGCAGUGCGUCCACGACGCGCUGGCAACCGGCAGCUCCGACCUCGGUCUGCAGACUCUGGACGCCAAGAGGAAGUUUAAGAACCUGGCUCUGAUCUAUGGUAACAUGCCUCCCAUAGUGACAGAGCCCACAGUGAUCCACUUUAAGGUCAACUCUACUCUCAACAUCCAGAUCAAUGCUCAGGACCCAAAUGGAGACCCCAUCACCUUCUCGCUGCUCUACCCCCGACCUCCUCGUGCCUCCAUUGGCAGCGGUGACGGCCUCUUGUCCUGGACGCCUCUCAGCACGCAGCCUGUCCAGCUGACCAUCAGAGUCAGUGACGAGCUCAGCAGCUCCCUCUUCACCCCGGUCCUCAGAGUCUGCAACUGCCUGAACGGAGGAACCUGUCAGUACGACAGCGUUACGGAAAACCACCUGCACGGAAAGUUCCAGGUGGUGGGCUGUCUCUGCCCUGAAGGAUUCAGUGGAAAGUUCUGUGGCAGCGCUGCAGACGUGUGCAGAGGCAGGCCGUGUUUCCGUGGGGUGCAGUGCCGGUCAGGGUCAAAGGCGGGUCGGUUCACCUGCGGGGAGUGUCCCGGUAACAUGGUCUCUGAGGGGGAGCAGGGAUACAAGUGCUUCGAGCACGACAUGUGCAUCCCUCCUUUUAGCUUCCCCUGCCACAAAGACGCAGACUGCCUCAGCACCAAACUGAACUACACCUGCAACUGUCGGCCUGGAUUCACCGGAGACGGGAAGAACUGCACAGAUAUAGACGAGUGUGCAGAGCUGUCCACCUGUCCCAACGCUAAGUUUGAGUGUAAGAACACGCCGGGCGCUGUCGACUGUUUCUGCAGAUAUCAGAACAACAAGGACGCUGACGGAUGUGGUGACUCUGCUAAUCCUCCAGGGUGUAACGUGUUCAACGUCUCUGUGGGCUGGAAAAGAACAAACCUGACGGACUCAAACAGCUGGUGGACAUCCUGUCGAUGGGGUUCCAGAAUAAAUUCUACAAUGCCAGUAAGAAGGAUGCAGGACCGGUCUCGACUCCAGGUGUGACCGAAUAUCGUAUCAACAUGUCGAGUGACACACCCCACUGGUACAUCAGGGACUACCUGUCCAGAGUCAGCAGCCACUAUGACAUC